AUGGCACCAAGAAGGAGGAACAUACGUAACCUUCAAAAUCCUCUACCCACAACCCAAGCCGAGCUUGAUGCCUUAUUAAACCAACGCAUUGCUGAUGCAAUUGCACAACACGAGGCAACACGUGCUCACCAAAAUGAUGGGCCAAGAGUUCAAUCCCCACCAGUAGCCCAAAAUUCUGCUAACGGAUGCACGUAUAAACAAUUUCUAGAUUGCAAACCAUUGAAUCUUGAUGGCACGGGUGGUGCCGUAUCAUUCGUUCGUUGGACUGAGAACAUGGAUUCUAUGAUUCAUAUGAGCAACUGUACCCCUAAUCAAACUGUGUUAUAUGUAUCGGGAAUGUUCAUGUCUGAAGCUUUGUCAUGGUGGAACCUACAAGUACAAAUUUUAGGAGACGCAGCAGCUUAUGCCAUCACGUGGGAUAAACUAAAGGAGAUGAUGAGAGAGAAAUACUGUUCGAGAGUGGAGUUGCAAAUGUUAGAAACAGAGUUUUCGAAUUUAACAAUGGAUGGACCAGAUAUCUAUGGGUACACCCAACGAUUCCAUGAUCUUUCACGAGUAGUUCCUUAUAUGGUAACUCCUGAGUUUAAACGAGUUGAACGGUAUAUUUGGGGAUUAACACCUCAGAUCCGAUGUAUGAUCACGUCUUCACAUCCUACGACAGUCAUCGAGGCCAUCACAAUCUCCGUUAGCCUAACCGAGGAAGCAAAGAGAAUGAACAAAUUUGAUAAGAAAGGUACCAAGAAAACAAAGGAUAAACAAGUGGAAUCCGCGUCACAUGAUGAUAAACGAAAAAUCUAUCAAUUCAAGAAAGGAUCCCAAUCAAGCAAUAAUAAAAAGGAGAACCCCCCAAAGAGAACUGGUAAAGCAUUUGUGGCAGCAGCAGAGACGGAACCGAAAGAAUUAGCAAAUGGAAAGGUGAUUGAAUCCGAUAAAAUUAUUAAAGGGUAUUCUUUAGAACUAGGAGGACGAAAAUUCAAAAUUGACCUAAUACCCGUUCAACUGGGUAGUUUUGAUAUUGUAAUUGGAACGGAUUGGCUAUCCAUCAAUCAAGCCGAAGUCAGUGAACACGAGCACCAUCUUAGAACUAUUCUUGAGUUGUUGAAAAAGCAGAAACUGUAUGCGAAAUUAUCCAAAUGCGAAUUUUGGCUUCGCAAAGUUCAAUUUCUCGGACACGUAGUCAACGAGAAAUGCAUACACGUUGAUCCAUCCAAAAUCGAGGCCAUAAAGAAUUGGAGUGCACCAAAGACACCGACCGAAGUACUCGAAUUUUUAGGAUUGGCUGGUAAUUAUCGAAGAUUCAUUGAGAAUUAUUCGAAGAUUGCUCAAUCACUCACUUCUCUCACUCAAAAAGAUGAGAAAUUUGAUUGGCGAGAAAAACAAGAAGCCGCUUUCCAACUACUUAAAGAUAAACUCUGUAAUGCACCAAUUCUAUCACUCCCAGUUGGUACGGAUGAUUUCGUAGUCUAUUGUGAUGCCUCACGACAAGGAUUAGGAUGCGUGUUAAUGCAAAGAGAGAAAGUUAUUGCAUACGCAUCACGCUAA